GACCGGAACUAACAAUUGUCAAUGUCGGGAGGCAUGGGCAUUCACUCAUGCACCCUUUCGCGAAUCGUACAUCAGCACAACUACUGUACUUGCCUAUUCGUGGCUCUGAUUCAACCAACAGAAUUGGUCCGCUCACAAGCAUGUGUCCGGGCGCACAAGCCAAGCCUAAAUCGUCGACACAUUAACCGUCUCGCGCCCGCUAUUCAGUCAAUCACUGGCUGGUUCGUCCGACAGCAGCGCACAGCUCAGCCAUGUCAGGGAAGUUUCCGAUACAGCCCAUCGGCCGCUUCGCCGGUGCCAGCCAACCCGUCAAGAGACCAAAGGAGUUCGCAUGCUUUUCAUAUGACGACAAUCAUGAGUUCCAUCUGGACGAUUCGUCCAUUAGGUACUACUACACACCGCGAUUAGGCGCUGAUCUAAGUAAGGGCUAUGAGUCGUUCCAGAAGCUGGAUGACUCAAAGGAUGGCCAUUUGGAUGCUCUACUCAAGACCAUCAUGGCCUACGAGUCGGAGCAGGGGAAGAAUAUCGACGCAGAGAUCAUAACAUGGAGAGGCAUGAUGACCAAGAUCUUGGGGGCCCCUUUUGAGAAUUUCGACGGCUUCGAGAUGAACGCCACCCUAUAUCAAGGAUCUAUCUUCAUUGAGGAAAACCACGCCUAUAAAGUCGCAUCGAAGGAGGCUCAACACCAGCAACAGCAGAAUCGAUCCAGAAGAGGCCCGCCCCCUGAAGUCAUGUCGUACUGGGGAUACAAAUUCGAAACCCUAUCCACCCUGCCGUCUAUAUGGGCUGAAACAUCCCGCGACUACAUUGAAGCGCGAGAAGACCACAUAGUCAACAACAAAGCGCAGUACUGCUCAGUCGUCCGCACAGGGAUUGGCAGCUCUAUCCUCUGUCUCGGCGGCGAAGUCGAUGCCAUCUGGGACUCUAAGCCCGUCGAGCACGGCAAGCCGAUCAAUUGGGUUGAGCUCAAGACAUCCCUAGAAAUUCGCGGAGCCAAGGAUAUGGAGAUCUUCCACCGCAAGCUCAUGAAGUUCUGGAUUCAGUCGUUUCUCCUGGGCGUGCCCAAGAUCGUGGUCGGUUUCCGAGAUCGUGAUGGAUUUCUCGUCAAAGUGGACGAGAUUGAGACGCAAAGGAUACCGCAAACAAUCAACGCGACGCCGAACCCGAGUUGGAACGCGGAUUUGUGCGUGAACUUUGCGGGCACAUUCCUGGAAUGGCUGAAACAGACCAUCAAUGAUGAGGGCGUUUGGCGGAUCAGGAGGCUGCCUCAAACGCCCGAGAUUGAAGUAUUCAAAGUAGAGGAGACAGGUCAUGGAGACAUAUUGUCAGAAGAGUUCAAAAACUCUAGGAUCAAGCUGGCUCUGAAGAGUCAAGAGAGCGCGUCGUAGUGGCAUAGUGUCACUGAUCGGAAGCAGUUUCAUCGCAGGUAUUGCCAUUCAUACAAGCCUUGGUAUUGACUUGACGUACACUAUCUAAAAAAUGGACAUGCUUGGACCCCAACUCCCUUAGAAAACAAAUAUGAUGCUAAAUGAUGAACAACAAAUCAUAUAGAAUGAUCCAUCUCCGUGAAUCUAGGACCAAAGGAAGAAG